AUGGACAAAAAGCUUUAUUGCAUUUUGCAGUAUGCAUUCCUAAUCACCAUAACCUUCCCAAUGCUUUCUUCUGAAGCCAAACAACCUAUGAGUCUUGCAACUGAUCAAACUGCCCUUCUUUCACUCAAACAUACAUCUCUUUUACUUGCAACUAAUUGGACCAAUUCGAGCUCCGUCUGCAGCUGGAUUGGCGUCACUUGCAGCUUGCGCCACCACAGAGUAUCUGCCUUGAAUCUCUCCAACAUGGCUCUCUCCGCCACCAUUCCACCGCAGCUCGGACACCUCUCCUUCCUCGUCUCCCUCGACCUCUCCAACAACCAUUUCAAUGGAGAUUUGCCACACCAACUGUCUCUCCUUCGCCGUUUGAAGUUCAUAUCUUUCCGACUCAACAACUUCACCGGAGACAUCUCUCCGAUGUUUGGUCAGUUACCAAAAUUAGAGUACUUGAAUUUAAGCAACAACAGCUUCAUAGGUUCCAUCCCAAAAACUCUCUCAAACCUCACAAACCUACAAUUUCUUGACUUAAAUUCCAAUUCUCUAAGUGGAGAAAUUCCAAAAGAGUUGGGAAGACUUCAAAGUCUGAAAACUCUGUAUGUUCAAUCCAAUCAUCUCACCGGUGCUAUACCAUCAGCCAUAUUCAACAUAUCGACCCUUGUAUCUAUGGCCUUCACAGACAAUGAAUUGAGUGGAAGUCUUCCAACAGACAUGUGCCGUAAUCUUCCAACUCUUACUGUGCUAAGUCUUUCUGACAAUCAGCUGAGUGGCACGAUUCCCUCAAAUCUAUCCCAAUGUUCACGGCUUGAGGUGUUGAGCCUCUCUUACAACUCUUUUAGUGGGGAGAUACCUUCAGAAAUCGGCUACUUAACAUCUCUGCAGUUGUUAUAUCUUGGUGCUAACAAUUUGAAUGGAAUACUACCACAUGAGAUUGGCCAUCUUCAGAGUCUGCUUACUUUUGCUGCUGAAGGCAAUCAGAUUGCGGGCUCAAUUGAUUUCAAUAUUUUCAUGAAUAUCUACAGUUUUGAAAUCUCAUGUUUUGCAGGGCUUAUUCCCACUGAAUUUGGCCAACUUUAUUUGGAGUCAUUAUUACUACAGUCGAACAGCUUGAGUGGUUCGAUUCCACAUGAGCUCUUUAACAUUUCAACUCUUCGGAUGCUUGCACUUGGCGACAAUGCUCUGUCAGGGGUUCUUCCAACCCAUUUAUGCCAUGCCUCUCCCUUUCUUGAAAGAUUGAUUCUUGGCAUAAAUUCUAUCACUGGAGCAAUACCCAACACUAUUUCUAACUGUUCUCGACUCACAAUUCUCUCAAUUCCUGAAAACAAAUUCAGUGGUUAUAUACCUACUCAUCUCGGAAACCUAAGACUUCUCCAAUUUCUUUCUAUAUUCGGCAACAAUCUUACCCAGGCACCAUCUUCUUCCUUCUUUACUUCAUUGACAAAUUGCAGGUCUCUAAUUGGUUUCGAUAUUUCUGAUAAUCCUCUAAAUGGUGUCAUUCCAGCUUCUGUCGGGAACUUAUCUUCCUCACUUCAAACAUUCGCUGCCGACAACUGCAAAUUCAGUGGCAGCAUUCCUGUUGAAAUAGGCAAUUUAAGCAGUUUGAUUACAUUGUAUUUGCCACGCAAUGAGUUAUCUGGUAAUAUUCCACUAACUAUAAGCCAUUUGCAUGAACUUCAAGGAUUAUAUCUGCUUGAUAACAUGUUGGGAGGCUCAAUACCACAUGCUAUAUGUGAUCUAUUCAGCCUCAAUACUUUAGUUAUGAGCUAUAAUCAAUUUUCAGGCCCAAUUCCUAAAUGUCUAGGGAAUGUCUCUUCUUUAAGAAAUCUUGGUCUAGACUCCAACAUUUUGAAUUCUAGCAUACCAUCAAGCUUAUGGGGCCUAAAAGAUUUGAUCAAUCUAGACUUGUCCUCAAAUUCAUUAAAUGGGUCACUACCUCUAGAGAUGAAUAACUUAGGAGCAGCGAUCUAUAUAAAUAUAGCAAUGAAUCAGUUGUCAGGGUCAAUUCCGAGGAAUAUCGGAAAGUUACAGAAUUUGGCUAAUCUGUCUUUGGCAAAUAAUAGACUAGAAGGUUCUAUUCCUGUGUCUAUGGGAAGCAUGAUCAAUUUGGCAAAUCUCGACUUGUCGUACAACAACCUCUCUGGUUCAAUUCCAAAGUCUUUAGAAGCACUUCAACACCUCGACUACUUUAAUGUCUCUUUCAAUAGUUUAAGUGGAGAAAUUCCUAAUGGAGGUUCUUUUAGAAACUUCACUAUGGAUUCUUUUAAGGGUAAUGAGGCAUUGUGUGGAAUCCCCAAGUUCCAUGUCCAAAUUUGCUCUUCAAUUUCUAAUCACAGAUCAAAGAGAAAGAAGGUGGAACGAGCUUCAUUUAUUGUUUUCGGGGUUGUGGCUUUCAUCUCAGUUGUUUGUUUGGCCUUUAUAAUUGUCAAAAACAAAAGGAAAGAUAAGACGACUAGAGAAGUUGAUGAGUUGAUAUUCAUUGUGCCGGAAAGAAUCUCUUAUUAUGAAUUGCUGCAAGCAACGGAAAGAUUCGAUGAAAGCAAUUUACUUGGCACUGGGAGUUCCUGCUCUGUUUAUAAAGGAAUUCUUAACAAUGGGAAGGAUAUCGUUGUCAAGGUGUUUAACAUGCAGCUAGAAUGUAUUUCAAGAAUAUUUGAUGUCGAAUGUGAGAUACUACGUAGCAUUCGACACAGGAAUCUGACAAGCGUCAUAAGCAGUUGCUCCAAUGAAGAGUUCAAGGCAUUAGUACUUGAAUAUAUGCCAAAGGGAAACCUUGAAAAAUGGUUAUAUUCCCACAACUAUUGCUUGAAUAUGAUGGAAAGAUUGAAUAUAAUGAUUGAUGUUGCAUCUGCUUUGGAGUAUCUUCACCAUGGUUAUUCAAUGCCCAUUGUACAUAGCGACUUGAAGCCUAGUAAUGUGCUGUUAGAUGAAGACAUGGUUGCCCAUGUAAGUGACUUUGGGAUAGCAAAAUUGUUAUGCGAUGGAGAUAGCUCUGUGUUAACCAACACGCUAGCAACAUUGGGUUACAUCGCUCCAGAGUAUGGUUUGGAAGGGCUAGUUUCAACAAGGUGUGAUGUGUAUAGCUACGGGGUGAUGUUGAUUGAAACUUUUACGAGAAAAAGGCCUAGUGAUGAUAUGUUUUGCGGAGAUAUGAGCUUAAAGAGAUGGGUAGAACUCUCACUUUCGGAGAUCCCAAAUGAAGUGAUAGAUGCCAACUUAGUCAGGAAUUUGGAGGACGAAAUGAUUGGCAAGAAUAUGCAGUGUGUAUCAUCCAUACUUGAAUUGGCUCUUAAAUGUUCUGCCGACUCUCCCAGGGAUAGAAUCAACAUGAAACAAGCACAUGCAGAGUUGCAGAAAAUUAAACACCGACUUUCCCAAUGAGAUUCAAGGAACCAAGUUGCUGACAUAAUGGCAAAUCCAAAUACUCUGACCGGUUGGUGGAAUCAUGCUAUUCCCUUGAUUGAGGAAGCCGUUCAAAAGGAUAUUCAUAUCCCAAAUUUCUAUCGCAAAGUUAGCUACUGAUGUCUUCUUCUUUUGGUGGCUUUGAUGAGGCAUGUAGUGUUGAAGAUUUUGAAGAGGCAGUAGAUGCUAAUUGGGGUGAGGCACUGGAUAGUGGUGAGGUGGAUGACAUAAUGAAUGGAAAAUUUGGCUUGGUCCUUUUGUUGGUUUUUGCUAUCAUUGUUAAUUUGUUCUUCUUGUUUCUGUUUUUUUUUUUCUCGUUGUAAUAGACGAGUACUCUUUUUCCUUUACUGGUAUUUUUUUCAUUGGAUUUUCGCCAGAAAUGUUUUAAUGAGGCUCGGCCCUUAGUUAGCGACUUUGUGCUUUCAAGGGUUUGUUAGCGACUUUGUGCUUUCAAGCGUUUGUUAGGUUUUCUUAUUCCAAAUAUAUAACUGAGUUAGCAAAGUCAUGUUAUCUAGUAUGUUGAUAGAAAUUUUAUUUCUAUUUAUUAUCA